GAGCUCCUCUUAUCUUGGUGUGUGAGCUUGUGUGAAGCUCGGCUCUUAACCUGCGCAGCGACGGAAAACACUCACGCACACUGCGUGUUGGAAAUGAAAAUACCGGUGGCCCACUUUCACUUUUUUUCGCCGAAGACAUAACCGAAAGUUCGCCGUGCGUGUUGGGAAAUUUCUGUAAGGUUAGAGAGUUAGGAAGUGUCUCUGUGACUCAGAGUUAGCAUGUUAGCUGGGUGAACUGACGCGUCUAGCUGACAGCGUUAAUAAAGUUCCCUUUUGGCGUGUUUAUCAGUCACGCAGUCAGGUUUUUUUUCUUCUCUCUCUUUCUGCUGUCUUUUUUUUUGGACUAACAUACAGUUCGGACGUUAUGAACGUUUUUUUUUUCGGUGAGGUUUGCAGCGCGCAACGUUAAAUGUCAGGACUGACUCGGCUAAUAAUAAGGGACUAGCUUCACUCGGUGUGGUUUAGCAGCUCGGCUAACUAACAGAGAACUUCCGAUGUUACCAAAGUGGGAAAGACGAACAUAUCUGGACUUCAACAAACCCACGUUAUGGAUUAAAUCGGGGAUUUGGGGUUGAAGUUGCGCUGGCCAGCAGGCUAACCUUGCUAGCUAGCUUAGCGACAGCAAGCCACCAAGUGAAUGUAGCCCCUUGAUUCACACCCAAGUGUGUGUCUGUAACGGACAUGGCUGCUUGCCCUCCAGCACACCAGAAUGGUGACGUUCAUCGGCAAGAAAGAGCGCCAAAGCCGUCCGUCACUGCACUGACACUUCAUCUGUACCGCAACAGUCGGAAUGAAGAGGACUGCACUCCGCUCUGUUUCCCACCAGGAGAGUACGUUGCCGAACAGCUGGCCAUCGAAGCAGCCAAGGAGUGUGGGGUGUCACCUGUUUACUUUAGUCUAUUCAGCCUUUACAGAGAACAUGACAGAGUCUGGUUAUCACCCAACCACCUUAUUCAUCUGGAUGAAUCAGCUAAAGAGAGUUUGAUCUUCAGAAUUAGGUAUUACUUUCCUGGGUGGUAUAGCUGUGGAGCUUCUCGAGCUUACAGAUGCGGCGUUGCCAAGGGAUCUGAGAGUCCAGUCCUUGACGAUCAUGUUAUGGCUUAUCUUUUUGCCCAGUGGAGAAGUGACUUUGUAAAUGGCUGGGUGAAGCUGUCCACCAGCCAUGAGACCCAGGAGGAGUGCCUUGGUAUGGCUGUCUUAGAUAUGAUGAGGAUAGCCAAAGAAAAGCAGUGCUCACCGCUUGAUAUUUACAAUGCCAUAAGCUAUAAGUCCUUCCUCCCAGAAGACAUGCGGCUGAAGAUCCAGGACUACCACAUUGUAACGCGAAAGCGGAUUCGCUACCGCUUCAGGAAGGUAGUGCAGCAAUUCAGUCAGUGCCGAGCCACGCCACGUGACCUCAAACUCAAAUAUCUGAUCAACCUAGAGGCACUUGACUCUGGCUUCUACACGGAACGCUUCCAGGUCAAAGAGGCCUCAGCCGGCCAGGUCACUAUAAUCGUCUCUGCAGAUCAAGGAAUUCAGUGGUGCCGUGAGAAGCAAAAGGAUGUCCAGCAAGAGGACAUACAUGGCAAAGAAGCACUUUUUCCUGUUCACCCCAGUGACACUGUAAUUGUUGUGCAGGACCUUCAGCCGUAUUGUGAUUUCCCUCAUGUGAUUGAUAUCAGUAUCAGACAAGCCAACAAAGAGGGAGCCCACAAGAGCCGAGUCGUCUGCAUCAACAAGCAAGAUGGCAAAAAUAAGGAGCUGGAGUUCUCGUCUCCUGCCGAGGCUCUGUCCUUCGUGUCUUUAAUAGACGGCUACUACAGGCUGACCACAGAUGCACAUCACUACCUCUGUAAAGAUGUUGCACCACCUCGAUUACUGGAGGCUAUCGAAAACUACUGCCAUGGGCCAAUAUCAAUGGAGUUUGCCAUCAGCAAACUGCGCAAGGCAGGAAACCAGCGAGGUCUUUUUGUGCUACGCUGCAGCCCCAAAGAGUACAACAAAUACUUCCUGACAUUUGCUAUCGGGAUGUGCACCGAGGUGGAAUACAAGCAUUGCUUAAUCAGUAGGUCAGAGAGUGGCGAUUAUGUUCUGAGUGGAACCAAGAGGACCUUCAGAAGCAUGCAGGAGCUGCUAAAAUGUUACCAAAAAGAGACUGUUAGAUCAGAUGGCAUUGCAUUUCAGUUUAGCAAAUGCUGCCCUCCCAAGGCCAAAGAAAAGUCUAAUCUUCUGGUUUGUCGGAGUAAUAAAGGCUCAGAUGUUCUCCCAUCACCUUCACUGCAUAGACAGAACAUCAGUCAGAUGGUUUUCCACAAAAUCCGAAAAGAGGACCUUGAGUUUGGAGAGAACCAAGGCCAGGGAACAUUUACAAAGAUCUUUAAGGGGGUUCGGAAAGAGAUGGGAGACUAUGAAGAAAUGCACCAGACAGACGUCAUCAUCAAAGUCCUUGAUAAAGCUCACAGAAAUUAUUCAGAGUCCUUUUUUGAGGCAGCCAGUAUGAUGAGCCAGCUCUCCAACAAGCAUCUGAUAUUCACCUACGGCAUCUGUGUGUGUGGCGAGGAGAAUAUUAUGGUGCAGGAAUUUGUGAAGUUUGGUUCCUUGGACAUCUACUUGAAGAAAAACAAAAACAGUAUCAGUAUUCUGUGGAAACUGGAGGUGGCUAAGCAGCUUGCAUGGGCUAUGCUCUUUUUGGAAGAGAAGAACCUAGCUCAUGGGAACGUAUGUGCCAAAAAUGUCCUUCUAAUUCGAGAGGAGGACAGGAAGACAGGCAGUCCUCCCUUUAUCAAACUCAGCGACCCGGGCAUCAGUAUCACAGUGCUGCCGAGAGAGAUUUUACUAGAGAGAAUCCCCUGGGUUGCUCCUGAAUGUAUUGUAGACCCCAAGAAUGUAAGCCUUGCUACAGAUAAGUGGAGCUUUGGCACAACUCUCUGGGAGAUUUGCAGUGGAGGAGAGAAGCCUCUUGCCAACAUGGACAGCUCCAAGAAACUGUUGUUCUAUGAAAACCACCAUCAGCUGCCUGUCCCAAUGUGGACUGAACUGGCCAACCUGAUUAACAGCUGCAUGGACUAUGAGCCAGCAUUCAGGUCGUCCUUUAGAGCGAUUAUCCGUGACCUCAACAGUCUCUCAUGCCCAGACUAUGAAACGGUGGUGAUGGAGAGUGACUUGGUGCACAUUAGAACAGGAGGCAUGUUUGCCACAGGAACGUUUGAGGACCAGGAGCCAGUGCAGUUUGAGGAAAGGCAUCUGAUUUUCCUCCAGCAACUUGGCAAGGGAAACUUCGGCAGUGUGGAGAUGUGCCGGUAUGACCCCCUGCAGGACGGUACAGGCGAAGUGGUGGCAGUGAAAAAGCUUCAGCACAGCACCACAGAACACCUGCGUGACUUUGAGCGCGAGAUUGAGAUCCUUAAGUCUCUCCAGCAUGAGAAUAUUGUGAAGUACAAAGGAGUGUGCUAUGGUGCUGGUCGGCGAAACCUUCGACUUGUGAUGGAGUACCUUCCUUAUGGCAGUCUGAGAGAUUAUCUCAGCAAGAACCGAGCGAGGAUUGACCACAAGAAGCUUGUGCAUUAUGCCUCCCAAAUAUGCAAGGGCAUGGAGUACCUUGCAAACAAACGGUACAUUCAUCGAGAUCUGGCUACUCGAAACAUCUUGGUGGAGAGCGAGACUCAGGUAAAAAUUGGUGACUUUGGCUUGACCAAGGUUUUGCCUCAGGACAAAGAAUACUACAAGGUCCAAGAACCUGGAGAAAGUCCAAUAUUCUGGUAUGCCCCUGAAUCCUUAACAGAAAGCAAGUUCUCUGUGGCGUCAGACGUCUGGAGUUACGGUGUUGUUCUGUACGAACUCUUCACACACAGUGACAAGCUCUGUAGUCCCCCUACAGUGUUUAUGAGCAUGAUGGGAGGAGACAAGCAUGGCCAGACUAUAGUCUAUCACCUCAUCGAACUGCUGAAACAAGGCAACCGCUUACCUCAGCCGUUGGGUUGCCCCCAGGAGAUGUAUGACAUAAUGCAGGAAUGUUGGGAUAAUGACGCAACCUUUCGGCCGGCCUUUAAGGAGCUUGCUCUGCGCAUCGACUUGUUUCGAGACAGCAGUGACUCAGACCCAUACACACAAGUGCCUCCAUUUUAAGAGAGAAACACUUAAUUUUGUUUGAAAGACUUGAAACUCAUAAGCACCAGGGAGUUAAUCAGGACCUCCAUCGUCACUCUCCUUGCUUUUCCAGUGCACCAUCUUGGCAGACCUCAUUAAGGACUUGGAACACCUACCAGCCUUUAAAAGCAACUACGUAUUGUUUUGCUUUUUUCCCCACCCCAUUUGCUAGCAGUGCUAGCAUAUUUCCUUGAAGAACUGUGAACAGAAGAAUGCAUGUGCAAUUGCAUUCUUUUUAUAUAUGUGUUUUUAUGUACAUAUAAAUAAAGAUUUUAUAAUUUUAUAAAAAUGAAAGAUGAAUGCAAUUCCAGCUAUAUUUGGACUGUUAAAAGCAGUUAAAUAUAAAGAAAGGAAGAUAUAAUGUUUAUAGCUUUCCAUCGUCAUGUAGGUGGUGUCUAAUUAAAAUCAUAUAUUAAAUGUGUGUCUGGAAGAAGUUAU